CAUUACUCAGUUGGAGAGGGUGAACUGUUUCCUGGAUUUUCUCAAGCAAAAGGAAUUAAAAGAAAAGUUUUUUUUUUGUGUGUGUGGCUACUGCUCCUGCAUGAGCUGCAUCCUUUGCUGACCAUUGAGUAGGUCUGCACUGCUCAGAUUCACUCAUGACGAUGCUAUUAGAUGGAGGACCACAAUUUCCCACCCUGGGAGUUGGUGGGUUUGGGACAACUCGCCAUCAUGAAAUGUCCAACCGAGAUGCUGGCAUGGGGCUUAAUCCGUUUGCUGAACCUCCACAUUCUGCAGCUUUUAAACUUAGUCCAGGCAAUCAUGAUCUCUCCUCGAGCCAGAACUCUGCUUUUACCCCGCAGGCAUCUGGAUAUGCCAAUGCGCUUGGACACCAUGCUGGGCAGGUGCCAUCUUAUGGCGGUGCAGCUUUUAACUCUACUCGAGAUUUCCUUUUCCGAAAUCGAAACUCUGGAAUUGGAGAUGCCGCCUCACCAGGUGGUCAACAUGGACUUUUCACCAGCCAUGGCCCCCCUGGAAUAGCUGACCCUUCAGGGCACCUGAUUUUCCCAGGGCUACAUGAGCAAAGCUCUACUCAUUCUUCACCCAAUGGACAUGUGGUCAACGGUCAAAUGCAUUUGGGUCUUCGGGGAGAUAUUUUUGGACGCCCAGAUCCUUACAGAGCUGUUCCAAGCCCAAGGACUGACCAUUAUGCUGCAGCUCAGUUCCACAAUUACAACCACAUGAAUAUGAGUAUGAAUGUAGCAGCACACCAUGGCCCUGGGGCAUUUUUUAGAUAUAUGAGGCAACCCAUCAAACAAGAGUUAUCAUGCAAGUGGAUGGAGGAGUCACCGAUAAACCGUCCCCAGAAAACCUGUGACAGGACAUUUAGUAGCAUGCAUGAGCUUGUUACACAUAUGACAAUGGAACAUGUUGGGGGACCAGAGCAAACUAACCACAUUUGCUACUGGGAGGAAUGUCCUAGGGGAGGCAAAUCAUUUAAAGCAAAAUACAAACUGGUCAAUCACAUAAGAGUGCAUACAGGAGAAAAGCCCUUUCCAUGUCCUUUUCCAGGGUGUGGGAAAAUUUUUGCACGGUCUGAAAAUCUAAAGAUUCACAAAAGAACUCAUACAGGUAAGAAGAUAAGAUGUAUUUACAAAGAAACAAUUGCUGCAAGUAUACGAAAAGUUUGGGAAAUCAUAGAUUUGUUUUUGCAUAUACUUGGCUAAAGAUACUUAUUUGUAUUUUUUAAAAUCAAUUUUAUUACUUUUUUGACAUUUUUGUUUCAAUCAAACUUGAAAAUAAUAUUAAUAUAAUUCAGGGUAGGGCAGGUAAAUAUUUUACAAGUUUAUAUAUAUAUAUUUUUUUUUAAAACUGUGAAUGGAUAAAGGUUUGAUCGAGGAUUUGUUUUCAGCUAGUUUGGUUCCCUACUUAGUUGCUGCAAGCAAUACAAAUGCUAAUUUAAUCCAAGUUUCACUGACUUCCACUUUUUCUCUCUUUUUUUUUACUCUUGAUUAAUAUACCUCCUAUUCAGAGCAACUACACAUUUGGCAUACUAUUGUAUUUAUUUACUAGUUUUACUUCAAUUAAACAAUGUGCAAAGAAUGUGAAUUCAUAAAAUCAAAAAGGAAAAAUAAAAAUACAAAACAAUUGAUUUUAUACUGUACAAUAACACACACACCCUGUUACUGAGCAUUCUAAUUUACAUAAUUAAUUUUUCAAUUGUGUGCUGCAUUACCUUUUUUGUUAGGACAAGUGUGUUUAAAAGUUACAAAUUCUGAGUAACAAUGAGCAAAUUUAUUUACAUUACAAGACAACAAUGGUCAGACUAUUUGACCUAGUUUUACAGGAUUAGUGUAGGUGUCCCUUUGUAUUUUAAGUGUCAAAUUAGCUUGUUAAAUAUUUCAACAUGAAAUGCAGAUAUCGUAUGGGAAAUAUAUAGGCAGGAAAUCAAGUCUGAGCCAACAACGUGAAUUUUAUUAAGUAAAAUAAGUAGGGCUGAAACCGUUAAAUAAAACUGAAUUAUGACUGAAAAAAACAACAUCUUAAAGUUUCAAAUCUUUAACACGAAGCAUGUACUUUUUCCCAGGUGAAAAACCAUUUAAGUGUGAAUUUGAAGGAUGCGAUAGGCGGUUUGCAAACAGCAGUGACAGAAAAAAACAUAUGCAUGUACACACAUCGGAUAAACCAUACAUCUGCAAGGUGUGUGAUAAAUCCUACACACACCCCAGCUCUCUGAGAAAACAUAUGAAGGUAAGAUUUUAAUAUUAUUCUUUAUGUUCUUGAAAAUAUACAAGACUAGAAAUUUAUAAAAAUUACAACAUUGUUUUUAGUAUUAAGUUAAGGAAACACUGCUUUAAUUUUUAAAUGCCUGUUUUACUAUUUAAAAGUGGUGUUUUAUUAUUUUUUAGAUAAUAUGAGCCUGUUUUAUUUGUGUGUUGAUAGUGAUCACGUGACACACAUUAGCACAUACAUAUACAAUAUGAAAGAUUUAUACCUUUUGAUUGGUACUAAGUUGUCAGUGCUUAAUUCUUAAAUGGGUAUGUUCUUAGAAAUUAUAUUUUUAUUUUACUGUUUAUAGCCCUUAAAAUGAAUUACAUGUGUUAAUAACAUUUUGUUUAUAAGGAAUUAUGUCUAUAAUAUAUUUUCUUUUAUCUUGCAGGUUCAUGAAUCUCAAGGGUCUGAAUCGUCCCCUGCUGCAAGUUCAGGUUAUGAAUCUGCCACACCACCAGCUAUGGUUUCUGUCAGUAGUGAAGAAUCGUCUAAACCAACUUCAGCACCAAUUCAGACUAAUAGUAACAUCCACAAUGCAGGACUACUUCCACCCAAUUUUAAUGAAUGGUAUGUCUGACAAAAAUAUAAAAAAGGCACUAUCUGGCUCAAUAAGUGGAUCGAAUGAAACAAAACACAGAAACCAAGUGGGCUCAUCAACAAAGGUGGAAAAGGAGUUUAUAAUACAAGCAACAGCAUAGGGCUUUAUCCUUUUAACUGAAGUCACCAUGGAAUGUUUUUCCCACUUUUUUUAAUUUUUAUUUUUUUAAGAAUAAUGGCUCUGGACUAACUGUGCCCUUUUCUCAGGAUCCAAAAUAUAUUUUGGCAUUUACAUUCUACCCCUUCCACUCUCUCUGAAUUUUAUAUUUUCUUUCACUUUAAUAUUUUCUUGAUUUUCAAAAGAAAUUAGGUUUUCUUUUUUUUUAUCUUUUUUUUUUUUUUUAGCUUGCUUAUUUAAUUGAUAUUAAAAUCCCUUCACCUCUGGUGAUUGUUAAACUCUCACAUUCUUAAACCGUGCCAAAGUCUUGUUACGUCUUGAACUUUCUUAAAGCAUUACACAUGUGAAUGUAUUUCUUGUUUAUAGGGUCAAAGCUGUUGUUCGGUAUUUUUUUUUUUUUUGCAAGAUGGGGAUGUAAUCUUAAUACACAGAUUGUGACCGUUUAGUAUACAGUUGCCUUUUGUAAGAACUUUUGUAAAUACAUAUCCAUGAUGCCAUAUUUAUCGUUUGUAAUUUAAUUAUUGAUACAAGUGCCGGGAACUGAACAAUAUUUAUGAAAAAAAAGUUUUCUAACAAAAACUCUGUAUAGCUUUUGGUUAUAACUGCUUUAGCAUUAAAAUUUAUUGUUUUGAAAAAUUUUAAAUUUAAAUCGUCUAACCCAUGAGUUCCUUCACUUCACAUAGCAAUGUAAAAAAAAUAUUGCAGUCUGAGCUUGCAGAGCUCUUCAGAACAAUUUAAUCAUUUAUGUUAUUCUUUGGUCUACAC